AUGGAUUGGCAGGAGCCGACCAAGGCCAAAGUUUGGGCCUUUCCGCAGGGCAUGAAGAGGGACGGGGGCGUCGCCGGCUCGCUUGAGUGGACCUCCAAGUGGAGUUCCGUGGUGACGUCCUUCUACGACGUGGGGUCCGUGGAUGGCAUCAACGAGAAGGGCUUGGUCGGCAGCCUUCUUUACCUGGUCGAGACUGAUUACGGUUCCCAGAAGCGCAGCGAUCAGAAGAAAAUGUCCAUUGGCGCCUGGCUGCAGUACGUUGUCGACAACUUUGCCACUGUUCCAGAAGCCGUCGCCGCCCUGCAGGCGGAUGACAUCAACAUCAUCUCACCGACUCUUCCCAGUGGAAGGUCAGCCAGCGGACACCUCGCCAUUUCUGAUGCGAGCUCGAGCAUUCUUGCCGUGGCCACUGUCUUUUCGCUGAUACGGCACGUGUCCGUGCCACUGGGUGUGACACACCCAAAUGAACCAAAUUUGGCCACCACGCAGUGGCGCAGUGUCGCCGACCACAAUGGAGGCUUUUACUACUUCGAGUCCGUCACAAGUCCCAGCGUCUUCUGGGUGAACUUGAACAGCAUCGACUUCACAGGAGGAGCGAAGCGCCUACCCUGGCCAGAGGAGGACUUGGCCGGAGAUGUCUCACAAAAGUUUGUGCCUACCGUUCCCGACUCGACCCUCAGCAACGGCGUCAAUGCGAACCAGGAUGGCGUUCCUUCGGAGCCUGCCGAGGCGGAGGCCCCGGCGGCAUCGAGUCCGGCCAAAGAUCAUGGCGGAGAGGCGCAGAUGCCAGGAGGAAGCGACGCCGUGCCUGCGAGCAGCAAUGGUUCUGCUGCCACGCCGCCGAAAAGGCCCCCCGUGCCAAGGAGGCGGCUGAAGAAGGUGAAGAAGAAGCUCAAAGCGGCGCGGCAGGAGCGAGCUUUCGGGAUGGUGGGGGCGCUGCCUUUUUUCUCGCUGGUUGCAGGUGCCAAGGAUUUUUUUCUGGCUUUCUUGGGCUACAACUGCAAGGGUAUCUAG